UUCUGUCAAAACUAUGUCAAAUGGCGAAUUGUUAUGAAAAUAAUUCAACAAAAAAUAUUCUAAAAUUUUGCUCAGAUUGUUCAUUUUAAAUAUUGUAUUCUUUUAUUUUUUUCAUGAAUUGGUUCUUUUUAUUUUAAUUUUAUAAAUACAAAGUGUUUAGUCCGACCGUUUGUGCUAGAGCAAUGUGUUCAGUAAAACCAUUUGUUUUUCGUUAGCGAAUUAUAUUUUGGUUGAUUUACUAUGGAAGAAGUGAGGCAGCUAGUGCAGGAAGAAGGCAGAGAGGCGAGGAAUCUUGUAGCUUUCCACGUUGCCGUAGAUACUCCAGCCCGAGUAUCUCGCAAACCGCCUCGUGCCUUGCCCCCCGCACGCCGCGCGCCUCCGCGGGCGACGCGGCUCCGGUCUGCCUCCGCCGGCCGCGACAAACGCUCCGAACUGCGAGCUCGUUAUUGGGCUUUGUUGUUUGGAGAUUUGCAACGAGCGGUUGGUGAAAUUUACAACACAGUGGAGACUCAUGAAAAUCUUAAUGAAUGCCAAGAAGUUAUUCUAGUGCUUGAGAACUAUACUCGUGAUUUCAAGGCUUUGGGAGAAUGGUUUAGAUUAAAAUGGGAAUAUGACAAUACACCUCCGCCGCACAGACCUCAGAGCUUAGCGUGGGAGAUAAGAAAGACUGAUUUUGUAAGACCAGAAUCGAGACGUACUUUUUCUGUAAAAACUUCACCAUCUGUAUCGGGAAAGAAUAGUCCAAGUUUGUCUGGGUAUAACACUCCGAGUGGCAAAAAUAGCCCUAAUUUAACCGGAAAGGCUAGUCCAGGUAGCGGUAAAAUUAGUCCGAGGAUAUCAUCUAACUCAAGUCCAAAGGCAGCUGUUGAGUUUUUCAGUAAUAAGAUUGUAACUUCUAAAAUAACAGCUAAACCUGAGCCAAUAAUUGCUAAAGAAACUUCUCGGCUAUCUGAUAUUAAAGAAAAAGAGUUCAAGGAACCUCUCGAUGAAACUGAAAUUGAAAAAAAAGUUCUGAAUAACAAAGAGAUUCAUCAUAACAAGCAGGAACUAAAAACUGUAACUAUUGAAGUAGGAACAGCAAAAGAACAUAAAAAUGUUUGCCCAAAGAAAGUAGUUAUGAAAUCUUCUAAACAUGCUAAAUCAAAUAAAACUUGUAGUGGAAAACCUGCCAACGAUAUCUCUAGUCAAGCAAAAUCAACUACUGCUCAGUUAAAUGCAAUGGAGAAUGAAUAUUUGAAUAAACAGAUUAAUGAAAACGAAUCAAAGAAUAACAAUACCAUUAAUAAAGACAUCGAGAAAGAAAAUUCUAUAUUUAACAAAAAUUCUGAUACUGUUAAUAUAAAUGAAAAAAUCGAGACAACAAAUGGGGAAAAAUAUAAAAUUUUGACUGAAUCACCCACAAAAUCCGAAGAAAAUUUUGCAGACAUAUCAAAUGAAAGCUCACCUAAAUUUGAUACUGAAAAAGUACAAGUAGACGUUAAUAAAGUUAAAUCUGAAGUUAUUGAAAUCUCUGCGCAGGAUUAUAGCACAUCGAAUGGUGCAGUAGAUACGGUGAUUGUUUGUAACACCACUAGAAAAGAAAUAAAAAAUAUUGAAGUUAAACAAGCAUCUGACACAAACGAAGCUGUAUUAAAUGAAAAAUUACAACCUGAUAAUAUUGUAACCGUUAAUAUUCAGCCGAAUCAAGUAGAUGAAAAACCAAAUAUUUGUUGUAAUAAUGAAACUGAAACAAAGAAAACCGUAGCUGAAGAGAAAUUAAAUUUCAAAAAUGAUGACGAGAAAGUUGUGUACGACGAUCUUAACAUUAUAAAUGAUAUACUCAAAGAAACACUACUAAAUAAUAAAACAAAAUUUGAACAAAAUAAAAUGAAGGUUGAUGAUGACGUAAAAAUAGAUGACAUUCUAAAUAUAAUCUCCGAAAUACAGAGCUCAAUAAAAGACAUUGAUAUAAACAAUUGUGAAAUCAAUAACCAUGCAAUGAAUGAUCCCAUAGAGAUUCCAAAAGAUGCAGUUCUUGAGGCAGGGUAUCUAAUAACAAUUAGUACAGAUGGUUCGAAUGAAGUAUCUAUUGUAGAUACAAUGAAAAGAGAUCAUGAUUUGAAAAAAAAUGAUAUCAAAUCUUGUCCAGAAAUGAAAACAACUACUAAACCAGCUUAUUCGCAAGCAGCUGCUAAACCUAAAAUAUCUACACAACCAACAAAAGUCGAAAUGAAAACUCCAACAAGGUUAGCUCGAAGUUCUACAGUUGUAGAAAUCCGUCCUAAUAUUGUUCCUAAAACACAACGUUCAUUCCAAAAAAAGAAUCAAGCCAGUAAAUGCAGUUAUCCAUUUAAUUUAACAACUGGUCGAAGUAGUCUUUUUGAUGGCACACCUAACAUACCCAAUAAGGGAGCUAUUCCGAAACGACCACUCAGUAGAAGUAAUCAAAUAGCAUCGAGUGACAUAAAAAGUAAGGAUAUAACUAAGAAAUACCCCCCGAGACCAAAUUCAUUAAAAGUUACUGAAAAAAUAGAUAAAAAAGAAUCAUGUUCAACCCUACUGAAAAAUAAGGAUACUAAAGAUUAUAGCAGUUCUGAUACAGUUGUACCACGAGGUGACAUGUCUAGAAUUGAAUCGAGUGAGAGUAUAAAAACUCUUGUACCUGAAGAUCAUAAUACUUUGCAAGAUGUUGCAAAUUCCAUUGAAGUACUUAAUAUCGACAAUAGUAAGACUGAUAAUGAAGGUUGGCUUACAGUUAAAUCCCGGCGUCUGAGUCGAGAGUCAAAAAAGAAUUCUAAAUCACAUUGGACUAAUAGAUUUCAUCAACCAUCUGCAACAACAAGUUUACCUACUUUGAACAUGUUGGAAUCCCCUAAAGAAGAAACCAAAAGUAUCGUUGAUUCUAAAGACGUUAAAAUUGAUCGAGCGAAAUCCGAACAACCUCAACUCGUAGAAACACAGCCACAAAAGGUAGAUAAGCGUAAGUCAGAAAAACGCUUGCCAAAUGAAACGUUGAUUAGUAACGACACAGAGGUAAAAGAUAAAAACGAGAUCUCCAACUGUCAACUAGACACGAGAAAUAAAAAGCUGCCUUCAAGUACUAAUGUUGGAAAUUUACCAAAGACCGAGAAGGUCGCAAUAGUUUCUGGCAAGCCGAAAUCUGAGAACAAGAGAGACCCAUCAAUGAUUAGACAGAAAUCAGAUGUAACUGGUUUAAGAACUAAAUCAUCGAGAAAUAAAGUGCUAACUAAAAGAGCAGAAAAAGUAAAAGAUUGUCAGAAAUGUGAUGAUACUUCAGAGUUGACAAAAAACCGCUUGCAUUCAUCUUUGGAAAGUCUAACUACUGCAUUAGCCAGAUCGCAAGAGAGUACGGAAGAUGUUUUCGACUUCGACAAGUGGAAAGCAGAAUUUAAAACUACUUUUAAAUAUUUAGAAGAUGAUGACCAAAUGUCUGAUCAGAAUGAGAUAUUAAAAGCGGCAGAUCCUUCAGAAAUGUCUGAAAUAGCAGAGAUGACUUCACAAAUCGAGGAGAACGAAAGAAUAAUAAGUUGGGCCUUAGAUUUCCAAUCAGAAGUUGAUCAGAGGAAGUUAUGUGAGGAGGAAGAUUUGUUGAAUAGACAGAUUAUGGAACUGCAACAGGUUUCUGAUAUUGACAUAGAUACAGAAACCGAUGAAACAGAAACUGAUGCAGAAAUUCUUUGUGAAGAUCGUCCAGUGCAAGUGUGCCCAACAGAAAAUUUAGGAACACUGACAGCGAGCCUAGAAGACCAAUACGAAACUGCCCUCGCUGGUAUGUCUUGGGCAGAACGAGUUGAUACUUUGGUUGUAUUAGAAGCAUUGGUUGCUAGAGACCCUGGAAGAGCCCAACAACUUCAUGCCAAGCUGUCACAAGGUAUUAAACGCCGGGGUAGUUUACAAGAUGCAUUGAGAAGACUUCAAGCUAAACAAGCUAGAGCAGAACGCCAGAGGCUUGAGUAUCAAACAGAGAGAGCGAAAAGGAUACAUCAGCUUUUAGGACGUGUUGAAGAAGUCAAGGUGGCCAAAAAUCAAUUGAUAGAUGAAAAGAGAAUGAGAAUGGAGAGGCGUCUUCAAAAAGCUGCAGAAAAUAGAGAUCAACAUUUAAAGGACAUAGUCCGCAAGGCGCACGACGAAGAGGAGAAGCUGCGCGAGAUCGCGUUCAUCAAGCAGCUGGAGGCGGAGAACAAGCGGCACGAGUUCCUCGAGCAGUGCCGCACGCACAACACGCGGCUGCGCCAGAUGAGGAGAGAUAGACUACACAAACUGGAACAGAAGUCGGCCCGCGAGGCGGCGGUUGGCGCCAGGCGGCAAGCUCUCGAGGCGGCACGGAAACAGCACGUGGAGAGCUUGCUGGAAAAGCGCAAGGAACGGGACGCUAGAGUCGAGGAACUCAAGGAACUGAAGAAGCAGGAAAGAGAUGACGCUGCCAGGGAAAAAGCGGAAGGAGUAAAAUCCCGUCUGUCAGCGUUAGCAGCGGCCGCGGAGUUGGAAGCAGACGCGCUGCGAUCCCGUAUACGAGACAAACAGGACGCGAGUCAACAGCGGCUCGAGUCGCAUCUGCAGGCCAUUAGAGAAAAGGCUACCGGUCCGAGGCAGCCGACGACAUCCGAGAGUCACGACAAAGAAACAGAAGAGACUGAAGAGUCCGUCAAACUAGAGAUGGAGAAGAAAGAACGAGAGAAACAGAAGACGAUCAAAAAGAAGGCGAGAAAGAUGAAACAUAAACUGUUGAUUAGCGGAUGCACGAACCCAAUAUUCGACGACAACAUAGCACCACUAGAAACAUACUUAAACCAGGCAAGCAGCAAAGUGUACCGAGCUAUAAGUUCCAUACGACAAAUAGUCACUCCGUAUCUUCACGAAACCACAUUCACCAACGGUCUCGAAGACGAAGGCGAAUGUUCCACGAAUCCGAAUAAAAAGAAGAAAAAAACAAAAGGCGAAGUAAAAAAUGAACCGGACAAAGAAAACGAAGCCAAAAACAAAGACAUAAAUGCUAACACAGAUAGAAUAGAACCGGGUACGGCGCACGCGGAAGAAGUUAACAAGGAUGCGAAUGUAGCAGAAGUGGCGAAAGAGUCCAAAAAGAAGAAGAAGAAAAAGAAGAACGCGGAAGACAAACCGACGUCGUGUGUGGCGAGUUCUGUUUGUAGUUCUAUGAGUGAUAUGAGUAGAACCAGUGGCAGAAGUGAGAGGAACGCGAAAGUUGAUAUAGAUCUGCCGUUCUUAGAGAAGCAGGUUAAUGAAUUGUAUCGAUUGAUGGAGAGAUAUGAGAAGAAUAACAUGUUGGAUAAGGUCGCAGUCCAGAGGCUCCAAGUGUUGAAGGCGAUGGCGCAGAUGGUCGCUGUUGCCGCGGAGAAGGAAGAUCUCAACCCACCCAUGUCGGCCAAAUGUCUGACAACGGGCGUGAUGCUCGUGUCGCGAGUGAUAGUAUCCUGCACUGCGACGGCGGCGCAGAUUCUCUCGUCCAACGCGUGCGUGCAUUUGACCACUCUGCUGGCGAGGCAAAUGGAAAAGGACCUGCAAACCGACGUGAGGGAGAUGGAGCUGGCCAAACAGUUGUGCGACUGUAUAUCGGUGGCUCUGGACUCCGUGCUUUGCGCCACGCAACGACACGAGGACGGCAAGCUGCCCAGAGACGACGUGGAGCUCGUGGGCAUACUGAGGAAUAGAGCACACCAGCUCAUCAGCUACCUGUGUCUAAGUGGGGUCGUGACCAACUCAGCAUCUGCCGGAGAGGUGCGAGAGAAUAUCCAGACUCUUCUGACUCUGUGUGUAGACCUGUGCCAUCCAUUCGAAAGCGAUUUCGGUUCAGAUCGAGACAACGCAAAGCAAGCGCUCCGGCUGGCGUUCGGCAAAGGCAUAUGUGGAGCCCGAGCGGAAUUUUGCAUGUUGUUCGCCAAGGGAGCGUCUUUGGGCCAUUGCGGGGACUUCGUCAAAGCCGCCAGGACCUCGCAUUUGCUGAGAGCUAUAGCGGAAAUGGAUCAUCACAUUGUGCAGGAGGCGUUUGCCGAAGGUGGCUGGUCACUGGAAUUCAGGGCCGCAGUCGCUCGCCUUCUAUCACAACAUGCACCCAACGAGAAGGAGGCGCCAAGAACUUCUCUCUUACGAUUAAGCAGUCAAAGGCUGGAUCAAUCGCUGUCCGAGACGAUGGUGUUAGAUCUGAUAGUACUAGUCGGGUUCGUGAUUGUGAACAACGCACAGCUUCAGGAAACAAUAUGCGAGGGUUGGAGCGUAAUAAAGAUGCUCUGCACUCUGCCGGCGAACUGGCUCGUGUCGGCGUCCCGGAGUCACGCGCUGCUGCCGACGCUCAUCGCGCUCGCGGACCGGCCGCAGUCCGCCGCUGCGAUCGCUUCCGAGAUGAACAUGAGUAUACUAGAAGAAUUCUUGGAGAAUCCGGAGUACCAGAAAAUUAAACUAAUAAAAGUGAUCAAGCAGUCGAGAAUGAAGAAGAAUACCGGCAAAAAGUAAUGAGGAACUACGAUAUAUUGGAAACAUGAUACAUGAAACAUUAUCACUGUUUAUAUAGUGUUGAAAAUUUAAAAUCGAAUUUAAGACUAACAAUAAAUAACCCAGGCUUAAGUAUGAAUGAGACUCAAUUCUAUAACACAGCUGAGUUAAUAUUAGAAAAUUUCAAAAUAUUGCAAUACGCGAUUGAUCCACCCUACGUAAACUAUAACAAAAUUGAUAGGCAAUAGUUUAAUUCUUCAAAACAUCUGAAGUAUAAAACGACCAAUAUCAGUAUAUGUUUAUAUAUGCAGAUGUUUAAUCAAUGAAAAAUAUAUAUAUUAUUAAUUUUAAUUGAUACUGGUAUGACACUUUUAUUUGAAUUUGUAUUUUUUUAGAAAAUUUUGUUUUCAAUGAGAACACUACGUAAUUUAUUGUAAAAGCUUCGUGAAUCAACUGAAUGCCAAAUAUUUAUAUAGUAGGGGGGCCAAAGAGGAGAAAAUCUGACGAUUUGAGAUAACCUAAAGCUAUAAUAAAGUUCUUAUUUGCAAAAAAAACUUUGCCUGUCUCUAGCCACGAGCGUGUUUUUUUUUUUAUCGUGAAGAAAAUAAUCCCAUUAAUUAAAAUAAAAUAUAAUCUACCGAUUUCCGCAAACCAAAUCAAUUAAAAUUGUCUACAAAAAAUCUGUAGACUCUCGCCCCACCACUGAAACCGGAAUUUAUUAUUUCUUUAAUCUUAGGUAAUAUACCAAAUCUAAGUAACAUUUAACCAUUUAGCAUACUAGGCUCCCCUAUCUACCGGCUAAAGUUGAAUUUUCUGUUUGUUGUUCUCUAUAAAUUCACGUUUAUACUGAAGAUACGAGUACAAUACGGUACGGUAUAUGAAUUAAAAUAUUUUGCUAGUCCUGAUGUAUGUCGUUGUGACCCUAAAAUGCUUUCUUAUAAAUUGUAUGUAGUGUUUGGAAUAAUAUAAUAUAUUAGGGAUAUGCUUAUUUGUAUCCAAGUAUACAAUUUAUAUAUCCUGUGUACAUGUACUUACAGUUAGUUUUAUUGUUUAAAUAGGUGAUUGCUGUUAUUGAUGUGGUAAGUAGAUUCCAUAUUGAUAUGAAAGCUUAAUCUAUUUUCAAGUAGAUCCAAGGAUUUUUUUAAAUAUUACUCCAAACGAGUAUUUCGAUAGGAUCGGUGUCAUUCGUGAUUAAUAUUAUCUAAUGUUUAACACUUUGAAAAAAUGGGAAAAAUUGUAUUUAGUUUGAUUUAAUAAUCAUUUUAAAGUUAAAAAAGAAAACUAAAAUAACUAAAACUAAAACUAAAAUUUUAUUGAUGAGAAUUAUUUUCAUGAUAUUGAAUAAUAUUUAAAUGCAAAUUGAUUGUAUUUAUUUUGUUAUAACAACAGUCAACGUUGAGGAAAUUGUGCUUACGCAUACUUACUAGCCUUAGAACUCUGUUUAGAUCAUUAUGUUCUAGAUUGCUUUCAAUACAUAAAACCAUUAGCUAGAUAUAAUAGAUGUCGUGUUGCGAGUGUAUACCUAGCUACAAAUCGUCUUAUCAAUGUUACGUGUUGUAUCACUAAUCACUAAUGUGAAAUAUUUACGCAAAAAUGGUCAACAUACAUACAUGCUAGGGUUGUCAACCGUACUUAUUGUAUUACCGUAUUGCACUUUGAGUCUGUGUAGGUACUAUAUUAUGGUAAUGAAGAAAUAUAUAGUCAGCAAAAAUAUUAUAUGUUGAACACUGAAAUCUGAAAAACAAUUAUUUAAUUUAAAAAAUUUAUGGACGUGCCUUUUCGUAUCCGAAUUAAUCAUAUUGCUAUCCGAAUUUUAAACAGUUCGUAAAUAUAUAAGCUUUUGAUUUUUUACCCAUUAAUUACAAAAUUUAAAGUAAUUAUUUUAGACAAAAAAUAAAUAAAUGUUGCAAGAAGUGCAAAUAAAUAUAGUAUUUUUGUAAAAAAAAUGAGUAACAAAUAUAAUAUAUCCGUAUUAUUUGCAUUUUAAAUGAAAUAGUAAUAUUUUUUGUUGCUUAGUCUGAAAAAUACUAUAAUUUGAAGUAUAGUUGACAACCCUAAUACAUGCCUACAUCUCAUUCAAGUAUGUUAUAUAUCUCGGUGUAGUGUCUUAACUUUUUGAUGUCUCUAUACAUAUUUUUCUAUGGAUGUAACAAAAACUGUGUAUCUUUGAAACUUGUGCAAACAUCAUUGAAAUUUUGUAACGUAGGAUGUUGGUUAUUGUCAAUCACAACAUAAUUCAUUUCGAACUGUCCAGUUACUACAUUUUAUAAUCGCACAAAUGUAUUGACUAUCAGGAAAGUAUAUUAUUCUUCUAUAACAUUUUCAUGGAUUUUAGAAAAAUGCCGACUUAGUCUUUUGAAAGAAUGUUGUGAGCUUAAUUUAGUGAAAAUUAUUCUUUGAAAAUAUUAUCAGCAGUUUGCAAUAUUUUCUUUUUAUUUUCUGGAUGAAUAAUAUUGGUUAAGUAUUUAUUUGAGUAUUAAUUUAUAUUAAGCUGGUGUGUAAAAUGGAUGAAAUAUAUAGAAAAUACGUGCUCGGAGUGUGCCUUGCCAAUCAGCUGAUGUUUAUUCGAGGAAAUGGAAAACUAAAUUAGUUAUUAAAUUAUAGGACUGCUGUGAUAAAUGGAAAAUAGGCAAUUAAUUGUUGGAAAUCAAUUUGUAUUUGGUAAUGAUGAUGCACACUAAUGACAGUCAAGGGCGAGGUCAAGGGGGGGUGGGUAGAGAGGGGCAGCUGCCCUGGAAGAAUAGACUUGCAUUAAAAAUACAAAUGGUGAUUGUAAUUUCUAGACAUGAGAUACACUAAGGCUGCCAGUCCACCAAAGCUGAGCGAGGCAGCGUAGACGAGAAACGGAGAAAUAUUAACCAAUAGAAUUCCACAAAAUCUCCGCUCCUCUUAAGUGGACAGGGACUUGCGAGCUAGUUUCAAAAUUCAUAUAAAAUCGAUAAGCGGAGCGGAGUUAAUUUAAUUAAAUUUAACAUAUUUUAUUUAUUUAACAUAGUCUGCAACUCCGCUCGGCAUUACUCCGUUUCUCCGCUACGCUCCCUCGCUUUGGUGGACAAGCAGCCUAAAGCUUGAGUUUACCAACAAUUCAUAUUCUUUUUCAUACUUCAUAAUAUAUUCAACCUGUCUCCUCCCUUACCCCUGGGCUAUGCUGGCCACGCCCUUGUAGAAAGCUUUAGUCACGGACGGUGAAGUAUGUUUCUUUCCAAUUUCGUAUAAUUUUUGUGAUAAUUAUAUAUUUUUUUCUUUACAAACUGUGAUUUAAUUACGUUAUUUAAUUUUCGUUGCUUAUAAUGUUACACCUAGAUGUUUUAGGUUUAGCAACUUUGAGUCGAGUUAAAUGUAUUGGAUCUGUGAUUUCUUUCUUUUAGCGUUUAAUAACUUUCGCAUGUAACUUUCAUUGUCUAUUUUGUGUAAGCGAUAAAUAAACGUUUGUGUAACAAUUA